AAUAAAAUUUAGUCAAAAGAAAAAAGUAUAAUAAAUGUAACAAAAAUUAUGCACCCCUAUUAUCCACUUUUCACUAGCAAUAUAUAUUUUAAUGUCUGGUGGAAUUAUUAAAGAAAUGAGGUAAAUUAAAUCUUCCCUUCAUAUAUAAACACUUGACACAGUAUACCCUAUGCAAAAUCUCUUCACACUUGCUACUGAGGUAAGAAAAAACAGAGAAGUUAAAAAUGCCUGCCAUAGGAAUACCUGCCGGAGGUGGGAACAAGAAGUAUCCCGGAGAACUCACUCCAUAUGUCACAGUAACAUGCAUCGUUGCAGCCAUGGGUGGUUUAAUCUUCGGCUAUGAUAUUGGAAUUUCAGGUGGAGUGACAUCCAUGGAUUCAUUUUUGUUGAAGUUUUUUCCAUCGGUGUAUCGGAAAAAAAACUUGGACCAGUCGUCGAACAAGUAUUGUCAGUAUGAUAGUCAAGUACUGACAAUGUUCACGUCGUCGCUGUACCUAGCAGCAUUGAUUUCGUCGUUGGUGGCGUCCACUAUCACUCGUAGGUUUGGACGGAAACUUUCCAUGUUUUUUGGAGGGUUGUUGUUUCUCAUAGGUGCCCUUGUUAAUGGCUUUGCACAAAACGUUUGGAUGUUGAUCGUUGGUAGGAUUUUACUUGGCUUUGGUAUCGGAUUCGCCAAUCAGUCUGUACCAAUUUACCUCUCAGAGAUGGCUCCCUACAAAUACAGAGGAGCUCUAAGUGUUGGCUUCCAGUUAUCAAUCACAGUUGGUAUUCUUGUGGCCAAUGUAUUAAACUACUUCUUUUCCAAACUCGAAGGUGGACUUGGAUGGAGGUUGAGUUUGGGUGGAGCUAUGGUUCCUGCUCUUAUAAUAACUAUUGGAUCACUAGUCCUUCCAGACACCCCCAAUUCUAUGAUCGAACGAGGUGAUUCCGUUGCAGCCAAGGCUCAUCUUAAGAGAAUUCGUGGUGUCGAAGAUGUUGAUGAAGAGUUCAAUGAUCUUGUGAUAGCAAGUGAAGCAUCCAUGAAAGUGGAGAACCCUUGGGAGAAUUUGUUGCAAAGGAAAUAUAGACCUCAACUUAGUAUGGCCAUAUUCAUUCCUUUCUUUCAGCAAUUUACUGGAAUCAAUGUAAUAAUGUUUUAUGCACCUGUGCUAUUUAGUUCUGUUGGGUUUAAGGACGAUGCUGCACUUAUGUCAGCUGUGAUUACUGGCAUUGUUAAUGCUCUUGGUACCAUUGUUUCUGUUUUUGGAGUUGAUAAGUUGGGUAGACGUGCCCUUUUCAUUCAAGGUGGCAUUCAAAUGCUCAUAUGUCAGAUUGGAGUUGCAGCUGCCAUUGGAGCCAAGUUUGGAAUUGAUGGAAACCCGGGCGAGUUACCAAAAUGGUAUGCUAUAGUUGUGGUGCUAUUCAUUUGCGCUUAUGUAGCUGCAUUUGCUUGGUCAUGGGGUCCUCUUGGUUGGUUGGUGACUAGUGAGAUUUUUCCAUUGGAGAUUCGUUCGGCUGCUCAAAGUGUCAAUGUAUCGGUGAACAUGCUUUGCACAUUCUUUGUUGCACAAGUUUUCUUGACUAUGCUUUGCCACAUGAAGUUUGGCUUGUUCAUCUUCUUUGCCUUUUUUGUAGUAGUGAUGACAUUAUUUGUGUAUUUCAUGUUACCUGAAACCAAGGGAAUACCAAUCGAAGAGAUGAGUGGAGUUUGGAAGGCACAUUCGUACUGGUCAAGAUUUGUUGAUAAUCAUGAUGGUAAAUGUGAUGGAAUUGAGAUCGGAAAGAGCUAUUAAAUAUAUA